AUGGAAGAAAUUCAACAGCUUGUCGCUGCGUUGCGCUUUGACGCCGUCGCUGCAGCCUGCGAGGCGCACGAGCUGAAUGAACUCGCUCGAGGCGUUCUGCUGCAAGAAGACUUUUACGCCAUCGCACUGGCCGCGCUGCUCAUCCAGAACGAUCUAGAGAACGCAAAGUACCUGUGGAAGCGAAUCCCACCAGGAAUCAAGCAGCGACCAGAUUCGAAGGUGGCCCCAAUCUGGAACGUCGGCAAGUUGCUCUGGCAAAAACAGUACACUCUUGUGCACCAAGCUGUGCAAGACCUCUGGACCGUUGGUGUGAAUGAGGUCUUGGCUUCCAGCAUUCAAGCUGCCGUGCGAGGGCGCGCAUUUGAUCUCGUUUCGCGCGCAUACUCGACCAUUUCUGUGACGGAUUGCGCUGCGUUGUUGGGUCUAUCGGAAAGCGAGACGCUUUCUCAAGCAUCAGCGGCCAAGUGGCAACUGCAAGACCAAUAUUUCGUCAUUCCUCCGCCAGCGACGAUGGGCAAGAAGGACAAGGGCGCCAACCCGGCCGAAGCUGCUCGUAAAGAGCUGGCGCGUCGGCAGGGAAUGAAGAAUAAGAAAACCAAGGAGGCGGCGCAAAAGUCGCGCAUGUCCUCUGCAGACCCAAAGCGACUGUAUGAAGAGUUGGCCGAGCUCACUCGCCAAGAAACGAAUCGGCCAAAAGACGUCUCAAUCUACCUCAUCCGCGAUCGCAAGAAGAAGAAGCAAAGCGAGUUUGAUAACGUGAUUGCACAUUUGACACGCAACGACAAGGCUGGGCUGGACGCGUUCAAUCGUUGGAAAUCAGACUUUGAUGAAGUAGCUUCGGCAAAAUUAGUCGAGGCGACCGCCGCAAAGCACGAGAAAAAGCGUGCCAAAUUGACCAAUAAUCGGGACCAGUCGGCCAACAACGAAAGCGACGAGCUCAACACGCACGCCUUUCCCCCACCUCCGUCUGCGUAUUACGGCGACACAUCCGCCCCUGGAUGGGCACCUCCAACACUGCCAGGUGGAGGCUAUGCGCUUCCGCCAGGUUUCUCUGCCCCAUCCGCGUCGCGGCACCCUCCGCCGCCAAAGUUUGUUCCAGGGCCACCCUCCAAUCUGGCUUUCGACGACACUGCUGCCAAGAGCCAAGAACGUCAGAAAGAGCGUCUGGCUACCCUUGCUCGACUGCGCGAGCAGGCCUCCAAGGCGUCCUCGAUUGUUGACGACGCAUUGGCGGAACUCCAAACGCGCCAGCAAACCCUCAUACAUCAUCCCGACAAUAUUCGUGCACCAGAGUCGGACGACGAGGAUGGUGAUGUGCUUGAUUCAGAAGAAGACGAGGAACCGAGAAGCGGUCGUGCCAAGAAGCAGGACAAGGAGGUGAAAUGGAGCACAACGGACGAUUUCGACAUGGACAACACCCCGCCCAAGCAAGCGCCACCACCACCACCACCACUGUUGCCGUUACCUGUUGCGGCCGCUGCUGUUAGUGCGCCGCUCAAUGUUGGUGGCGGUUUGCUACCUGUACCUGGAGCGGCUGCGCCGCCGCUUCUUCCAGCCCCAGCUCGCCCUGCGUCUUUGCUUCCUCCCCCGCACCCUUCAUUGCCAGCGCCUGGCAUGGGAUUCCGCCCACCGCUUGCUGCUGCAGCCUUUCCACCCACCCAACCUUACUCGAAUUUUCCACCCCCGCCGCCGCCAUUGCAUCAAGGUGGCCCUGCAUAUGGCCUCCCUCCUCCUCCUCCUCCACCACCCUUUCCCUACGCUUCAUCACAGUUUCCGCCACAGGUUGCCGGGCAGCAUCAGCAUGCCGGAUUCCCUCCGCCGCCACCGCCGCCCUUCUCGCAGCAUCCAUCGCAACAGCAGCAAUACCCCUUGCCACCGCCUCUCCCGUAUGGCCACCCUGCCCAUGGCCAGCCCUACUAUGCGCUUCCUCCUACUGGCCCUGCGUACGCUCCUGCCGCUCCAGGCGGACCUCUGCUGGCAACGCCCUCAAUGACGAGCGCUCCUGUCGCUCCUCCGUCCCAACAACCCGUGGCCGCGCCAGCUCCGAUUACCCCGAUCGAGCAGCCUGUCGUACCAAGUUCGAAAUCUGCUGCGCCUUCUUCCGGCCUUGGCGGCUUGCUCGCAUCGUACGGCGAUAGCGAUGAUGAAGAUGAUGCAGCUGCAGAACCAAGCAAGCCGCAGCAGCAGCAGCAGUUUGCUGCGCCUCCUCCACCACCCCCAAUCCCACUUGCUCCUGCGUUUCCGAGCGGAGCGCCUGCGUAUGGCGGGCGUUUGCCUCCGCCACCGCCGCCGCUGCUGGCCGGCAUGAUGGCUCGUCCUCCGCCUCCUCCUCCACCCCCGCUCGCCCAGCAUCCCCAGUUUCAGCACUACCAGCCUCAGCCGCAGUUUGGAAACGCACCUGCGUAUUACGGGCCGCCUCCAGGCGCGGCGCAAGUCGGCUCGUCAGCAAUGCCCAUCACUGCGGUCGUGCCCACCAUUUCAGCUGCGCCGGCAAUCCGCAACCUGAAGCAAAAUCUGACAAAGUUUGUACCAACGUCGUUGCGGAACAAGAAACCGCAAGACGGUGCGACAGCGGGUCCGACAGCCUACGCGUCGUCCUCAUCUUCUGCGGCUCCUGCUGCGGUGGACGAUCAGGAAGCGUCUCAAGGCAACGCUCAGGGUGCCAAGCCGUCCACUGACGAUGCUUACAACAGCUUUAUGAAGGACCUUGAAGGCAUCCUUUGAGAUCCUUUUGACUCGAAAAGCAACGAACGCACCUUUUCAAGGCUAGAAUGUCGUCAUUUUUGUUUACUGUUUUUUGUUUGUUUUUUUGGUUGUAGAGUCACGAGUUGGUUUUCUUCCUCCUUUUAAAUGUUGGAAUGGAGGAUUGGUUGUGUCUUUUUGCUCAUGGCUGACCUCACACGAGAAACUGCAAGGGAUGGGCUGGAAAGUGAGUCAAAAGUGCAUGAACGAUUCAAUUUCAAUUCAAUCCGCCCAGAGUCAUCCC